AAGAAAGUGUUAAUGCCCCAAGCCCUGUCCCACUUUCAUACUCACGUACGCUACCCAAGGCUGGCCAGGCCUUGGUGUAAUGUAAGUCCAAACCGGCUUGCUGUGGCCUUCUCAGUUUCCCAAAACAUCCUGGCCCUGGAGACUUAGUUUUCCCUUCUAUUGUCCUUUGCUGUAAUGGCUCCAGCUCUCACUGUUCCUGCUGUUAUCUUUGCAGUUCUGCUCCACUUAGUUUUUCUCUUCUUAUGGCUGGUGUGGGGGUUGGACUUUCCCCCUUCUGUCUUGGCAGGUAGCCACUGGCCUUGGGCUCAAGUUAGCUUCUUAUCUUUGGACUGAGCUUGUUAGCUGCAGUGUUGAGUUAACCCAUUCUCUGCUCUCUUCUUUCUCUCCCCCCCUUCUCGGGCUCUCAUAAAGGAAACUUCCACUCACACACUUUUAGCCCUCCCCAAAAUGCUUUGUGAUGCUUGCAACAGUGUUAGCCACAUACAAUGCUGAUCUGCCUUCCCUGGAGACUCCCUGGGGGGGGGGGGCAUUGGGGUGUGACAACCAUGCCUCCACACGCCAGGCGAUCCCAAGUAUGGAGCAAUGGCAAGGUGCUGGACCUCAUCAGUGUUUGGGAGGAGGAAGCUGUCCAAUCCCAGCUGUGCUCCAGCCGUAGGAAUUAUGAUACCUUCGGGCAGAUAUCAAGGGACAUGAUGGAAAGGGGACAUGACCAGGAUGCACUGCAGUGCAGGGUUAAAGUGAAGGAGCUGUGGAAUGCCUACCGCAAAGCCUGCGAGGCAAACCGCCGCUCUGGUGCUGCCCCCGCGAACUCCCGUUUUUACAAAGAGCUGGACACGAUACUUGGGGGUGACCCCACCUCCACUCCAAGUACCACCAUGGACACCUCAGAGCACGGUCCAACAAGGCAGAAGGAAGAGGAGGAGGAGGAGGAGCAAAGUAGGAGCGAGGGUGCUGAGGCGGAGGAAGACACCCCAGCAUCCCUAGAUGCAUGCAGCCAGGAGCUGUUCUCAAGCCAGGAGGAAGGUAGCCAAUCACGGCAGCCGGUGCUUGGGGAAGGACAAAUACCAGAGGAGGUUCCCGAUGCAACCUUGAGAUCUCAGCCGUUCGUGUUAUCACCGGCCGAGAGGCUGCAAAGAAUCAGGAAGAGGCCACGUAGAAGCAAAGAGGACAUGCUGCAUGAAGUCAUGCAGCGGUCCCUUAAUGAAAAUCAAAAAGUGCAGGAGUGGCAGGAGAGUGAAAGGAGGGUCCGCCAGCAGAAUGCGGAUCACCGGCACCAAAGCGCGGAGCGGCUGACAAGCAUCAUGGAGCGCCAAGCAGACUCGAUCCAGGCGCGAUAG